AUGACUGUCGCAGAUGAACACGUUAUUGAGUGGCACCCCGCCCGGCUGCUGCAGAUUCGGGACAAUGUCCCCGAGUUUGCCUUGCUCAUCCUGAAUCAGCCAUUGCGAAAUGGCACGAGUCUGCGCAGCCUUUGGAAGAAUUCGUCGUUGAGGAUCGCAGCCGACGGAGGAGCCAACCGUCUUCAUGAGUUGUCGUCGUUUCGGGGCAAGUUUGCCAACCUUCAGGCCAUUAUUGGCGAUCUAGACUCACUGACCCCCUCGGUCCGUGAGUUCUACACCUCGCAGCCCACUCCCGCCCAGGUUGUCCAUGACAAGGACCAGCACUCGACGGACUUCGGCAAGGCCAUCACUUGGAUCCGCAAGAAGCACCCAGAGGGCAUCGACAUUGUUGCUAUGGGCGGCAUUGGAGGCCGCCUGGAUCAGGGUCUCAGCCAACUUCACCACCUGUACCUGUUCCAGCAGGAUGACAACUACGCUAGUGGGCGCAUCUUCCUCCUCUCUGGGUCGAGCCUCACUUUUCUCCUCAAGUCGGGAUCUCAUCGUAUCCACAUAAGGGGGGAGGACGACGACAGCAGCAUCAGCCAAAAUGACGUGUUUGGAAAGUACGUUGGCAUCAUCCCCCUCAAGGAGCCCAGCCGCAUUACCACUAGAGGUCUCCAGUGGGAUGUCGUCGACUGGGAGACGCAGAUGGGCGGCAGGAUAAGUACUAGUAACCAUAUCUUGCCCGAAUCUCGCGUCGUAGAGGUCGAGACUACAAAGGAUGUUUUAUUUACCAUCGCCCUGGGUAGAAGCGAGGGCGAGGAUGAUGCUUAG